GGCCCUUUUGGAGGGAGACCGGGCGCGGGCAGCGGCAGUGCCCCCCUUUCCCCUCUCCCCGCCUGACCCCCGGGGCUGGACCCGGCGCCCCCCCCGGCACGGCACGGCUCGGCACGGCGCGGUGCGGCGCAGGCCGCUGCCGCCUCCCCGCUCGCUGCAAAUUGGCGCGGAACCGGCGCGGCGGGAGCGCGGGCGGCGGCGGGCGGGCACGGCCCGGCUCGGCACGGCCCAUCCCGGCAGGUGUGGGGGGCCAAAUCCCCCCGGGGGGAGCCGCUGUGCCUGCGGGGGUGCAGUAUGAAGGCUGUAGAGGGACCGUGGCGGGGGUCACAGCUCCCGGGACACCCCCCCCCCCCCCAACAUCCUGUCGCGUGGGAAAUGGCCCUUUACAGGCUCCCUCCCGCCCGGGGCUAGCCCAACGCAGCUAGCCUGAGCCAAACCAGCUGGGGGCAUAUGUGGGCAUCCCUGGGUAACCCCCUUCAGCAGUGUGUCUCCCAUCAGGACGUGGAGCUGCCUGUGGUUAUAUACCUCAGGCAUUCCUCGCACCAGUAAAAUGCUUGUGCCCUUCUAUUUCAGUUGGGUACACCAUGCUGCUCUUUAUGAUGUGUCUCCAAAGCACGGAACUCAGUCCUAACUUAUUGAGGAUACAUUAACUGAGUUUAUGUUAUUCCUUUGGUCCAGGUAGAGAUCUUACAACCCAAAGAAGAUGUCAAGACGCAGUAGCCGGUUGCAAGCCAAGCAGCAACAGCCACUCUCAUGUCAAGAAGAGUCUCCACAAGAACUGCAGGGACCAGAACAUCUCCAGACCCGAAAAAGGAGAACUGCAGAGCAGGAGAUUAAGAAAAAAGAAGAUGGGAAAAUUGCUAAAAAGCAUCAAUAUGAGAUUAAGAGUUGUUGGCCGCCCACGAUAACAGGAGGCAUCUCGCCUUGCCUAAUUAUUGAAACGCCUCACAAAGAAUCAGUAACGACUGACUUCUCAAGAUUCAAAAAAUACAGGUUCAGAAACCUCUUCAUAAAUCCAUCGCCCUUGCCAGAACUCAACUGGGGAAAUUCCAAAGAUGUCUGGCUCAACAUCCUGAAGAAGGAGAACAGAUACGCUCAUUGCAAGCAUUUCACGUCGCUACAUUCUAGUUUGCAACCUCACAUGAGAUCAAUACUGUUAGACUGGCUCUUAGAGGUAUGUGAGGUGUAUGCACUCCACAGGGAAACCUUCUACCUAGCUCAAGACUUUUUUGAUAGAUUCAUGUUGACACAAAAGAACAUUAACAAGAGCAUGCUCCAGCUCAUAGGAAUUACCUCAUUAUUCAUUGCCUCCAAACUUGAGGAAAUCUACGCUCCUAAAAUACAGGAAUUUGCUUAUGUCACUGAUGGUGCUUGCAGUGAAGAUGAUAUUGUAAGAAUGGAACUUAUUAUGUUAAAGGCUUUAAAAUGGGAACUCUGUCCGGUGACAAUCGUCUCUUGGCUGAACCUCUAUCUUCAGGUGGAUGCUCUGAAGGAUGUUCCGAAAGUGCUGCUACCUCAGUAUUCUCAGGAAAAAUUCAUUCAGAUAGCACAGCUCUUAGACCUGUGUAUUCUGGAUGUGAAUUCUUUGGACUUCCAGUACAGAACACUAGCUGCUGCAGCGCUCUGCCACUAUACCUCAAUUGAAGUCGUUAAGAAAGCUUCAGGCUUAGACUGGGACAGCAUUUCAGAGUGUGCGGAAUGGAUGGUUCCCUUUGUGAGCGUGGCAAAAAAAGUCCCUGCGAAGCUGAAGAACUUCAAGAAGGUUGCAGCAGAAGAUCGACAUAAUAUCCAAACACACACCAAUUACUUGGACAUGCUGGAAGAAGUUAACAGUGGAGUAGCAUCUACUGCCCCCGGUCAGUUAUCACCUGUGUCAACAGGAGGAAUAAUAACCCCUCCCAAAAGCACAGAGAAGAAAUGAAAUAUGGACAACAGUUUCAGAAACAGGACUUGGUGCUUCAGAAUAAGACCACACUAAAGGUGACUCAUGCUCUUUACUGCUCUUCAAGACUCAGGCAGUAAAAGAUGCAUCAAACAGAGCAGCAGAUGGAAGCUGAGAGCAGUGCCCUCCUACAGACUUGAUAUGAGACUUAGACCAAGCAUCCCUCUGUGCUGUCACAGGAGCCUGGACCACUUAGGUCCAUUCUCAGACAAGACUUAGUUCAACUCUGACCAUUCCUAACUUAUGAAUUUCAAGAACUCUUUAAAUGUGGAUGAGUGGCCAAGUUUGUCCACUCAACUUUACAUGUCAAAUGUGCUUUAACUUGGGCUAGCCAUACAGGAGAACUUAACCACAGCUUGUACAUAUUACCUCUUCUUGACUUGUGUUUGUUUUUCUUUUCUUGGUAAGGUCAGAGCUUAAUGCCUGUCCCUUAGUGACCUGUGAGCUCAGGUGCAGUAUUACAGAGGUCAGUGGGAAAGCAGUUUACUUUUCUGAAACCACUCUGCCCUUACAUUACAGUGUAGCCAACCCUGGAUCAAAUUCUAGCUCCACGUGAGGCUGAUGAAUUUAAGGUGGCCCUUUGGGGCUACCAUAAACUUCAGUUCUAGUAUAGCACUGACCUCAGGUAAGAGUACACGCAAAGAAUGUGCUGCUCAACUAACCUUAACUGGAAGUAGUACAGGCCUUGAAGGAAGGAGUUCUAUUUUAUAAGAUCCAGCCACGAACUGUCAAUGAGAGCAACCGUAAAUAGAACUGGAGAGGGUAUGGCAAAAAAUGAGCCGCUGGUACUCUACAACCACUGAUGGUGUAGGAACAGUAUUUUAAACUUAACUGUGGAGCUGUGUUUUAUCAGUGUUUAUAAACAGCAUUAACUACUGUGUAUUCCUUGCAAUAUUCACUACCUCUGCCUAGGAGGUGCUUCUCUCCUGUGAUGAAGGGACAGUACUGGGGAGGAGGGGUACCCAUCCUCCUCCUCCCUCUUUCAAGGUGCUCGUGCCUGUGCCCUACAUCCAGGGACAAGGUGCUCAUGCUGCACUAGAGCAUCAGGUGCCGCCCCCAACCACAUUAAACUCAUGCUCUUGGCAAACUUGAAUUCAUGUCUUCUUCAAACAAGCCAUUGUGGAACUAGCUGAAGUUGCUU